ACCCUCGCUCCCUUGCUCACACACGCACACACUCAGCUUGGCGGAGCAGGAGCCACUGACCAUUCUGCAAGUGCCGGGACCGGCUGAGGCGCAUUGGGUACAAACACUCCGCGUUCCCAUUCGGGGCUUCAGUCUUUGAGACAACGACAAGGGGCGAAGGUGGGCUAGAACGCGGACCAGGCUCCGGGCACUGGCCGGGCCGCUUUCCUGGCAGGGCCACCUCCCGGGACCCGCGCGGGCAUCCGCAGAGAGUAGAAUAAAGAGGAGCGGCCGCAAUCGCAGCGCGAGGAGGAUGGGAACUCCCCUAUUUCCAGCUCUGUAACAAACGGAUGGGAAUCCUGAAUGGAGGAACCGCAGAUUUCAUUUGCUUGAGAAAAUCGUACAGAGGAACUCAUAUUUGGCCACUCUGAGCAGUGGAGGGGGUGUCCAUGACGUGGCAGGGGGAAAACAGACACCCGAAACCUCCUGUGUGAACUGCAAACUGUAACCAAGCAAGAGGAAAAUGAUCUCUCUAUAUAUAUUUUAAUUUCAUGCAAAGGGUUUUAAGCAUCUGUACCAUAAACUUACUUCUAUGCUUGUACCCAAUUCAGCAGAAACCAGAAGAGACCCUGUCUGGAGAUCAUUAUCCGGAAGACCCGCCGUCAGAGGCCUGCCUUCAUUUACCCACAUCCCCCUGGAACGGAGAUCUGUUUGGGGUACCACUGUCUAUACUAUAGAACUAUGGCCAAAUCUCCAUGAAUGCUUUGCUAAUUCUGUGACUUAACUCCUGGGACCUACCUGCAGAUCUGGAAUUUAGCCUAAAUGCCUCUGAAGAAAUGACAUUUUAAGCCGUUUUAAAAAUACCUUUAAAAAAAUUUCCUGUGUAGCAGGAUUUGAUAGGUUUAACAACGUGACAGGUAAGAACUUUCUUUUUAGUCCCUUAACACGCCGCGCAACGAAGGCCGAAGCAGAACAGGACCCUGGAGGAAGGAGAGCCCGUGGACCCAGGUGCCCUUUGGGGCUCCAAGGCGCUUCGCCGGGCGGCUGUUUUCGAGAGAGGCGCAGCCCUCGCCCCUGGACCGCAGGGCCAGCGGCUGGGGAAGCUUCUGGGACGCGCGCAGGGAGGCGGCGCUGCGCUCCACCUGCCCGGCUCAGGACACAGCUCCCAGGCGAGGCGUCGAGGGACCACCCGAAGUCAAUAUUGGGAUUUUUUAAUAAACCAAGGAAUGGGAUUUUAAUUAUUCAAAACCCAGCUCCUAUGGACCAGAUGCUGUUGGGAUGGUCCUAGUCACACAAUAUUAAAGAGACCCAUCACUGAGGGCGAGAAAAGCGUCCAAGACAUCCGUUGCCAUUACGAAUGAACCAGAGACUUGGUAGAACAGGACAUUGAUUGCUGGUGCCCAACCGGACCCUCCUCUCCCCAUUCCUUCCCCCACCCGAGUCCGGCUCCGGCGGCAGCCGGGACCUCGGGUCCCUGCUUGGUGGCGGGGGCUGCAUUUUUCAUGAGCCCGGGGUGAACAGGUGCGAAGUGCGCUGGGGACAUCCGGCCGACGGCCGGGCGCAGGGAUCAUGGAGAGCGAGCGCGACAUGUACCGCCAGUUCCAGGACUGGUGCCUCAGGACUUACGGGGACUCAGGCAAGACCAAGACGGUGACCCGUAAAAAAUACGAGCGGAUUGUCCAGCUCCUCAACGGCUCCGAGUCAAGCUCCACGGACAACGCCAAAUUUAAAUUCUGGGUUAAAUCGAAGGGCUUCCAGCUGGGCCAGCCGGACGAGGUCCGCGGGGGCGGCGGCGGCGCCAAGCAAGUGCUCUACGUGCCGGUCAAGACCACGGAUGGGAUAGGGGUAGAUGAGAAGCUGUCCUUACGGCGGGUAGCUGUGGUUGAAGAUUUCUUUGACAUUAUCUAUUCGAUGCAUGUGGAAACAGGGCCAAAUGGAGAACAAAUUCGGAAACAUGCUGGACAAAAGAGAACUUACAAAGCAAUUUCAGAGAGCUAUGCCUUCCUACCAAGAGAAGCGGUGACACGAUUUCUAAUGAGCUGCUCAGAGUGCCAGAAAAGAAUGCAUUUAAACCCAGAUGGAACAGAUCAUAAAGAUAAUGGAAAACCUCCCACUUUGGUGACCAGCAUGAUUGACUACAACAUGCCAAUUACCAUGGCCUAUAUGAAGCACAUGAAACUGCAGCUGCUAAACUCGCAGCAAGAUGAGGAUGAAAGUUCAAUAGAAAGUGAUGAAUUUGAUAUGAGCGAUUCCACACGGAUGUCAGCUGUGAACUCUGAUCUUAGCUCCAACCUUGAGGAAAGAAUGCAGAGUCCCCAGGCUCUUCACGGCCAGCAAGAUGAUGAUUCCGCUGCAGAGAGCUUUAAUGGCAAUGAGACUCUGGGGCACAGUUCAGUUGCUUCAGGGGGAACACACAGCAGGGAGAUCGGUGAUUCCAAUGGUGAUGGCAAAACUGGGCUGGAGCAGGACGAGCAGCCACUGAACCUGAGUGACAGUCCCCUUUCAGCACAGCUGACUUCGGAAUACAGAAUAGAUGACCACAGCAGUAAUGGGAAAAACAAAUAUAAGAAUCUUCUAAUUUCUGACAUCAAGAUGGAACGAGAGGCAACAGAAAAUGGAAGCAAGUCUCCUGCACAUAGUUAUUCAAGCUAUGACUCUGGCAAAAAUGAGAGUGUAGACCGAGGUGCAGAGGACCUGUCGCUAAACAGGGGAGAUGAAGAUGAAGAUGACCACGAUGACCAUGACGAUUCUGAGAAAGUUAACGAGACAGAUGGUGUUGAGGCAGAGCGGCUGAAAGCUUUUAAUAUGUUUGUCAGGCUGUUUGUAGAUGAAAACUUGGACCGAAUGGUCCCAAUCUCUAAGCAGCCCAAAGAAAAGAUCCAGGCUAUCAUUGACUCAUGCAGGCGACAAUUCCCUGAGUAUCAAGAGCGUGCCAGAAAACGUAUACGUACUUACCUCAAGUCCUGCAGGCGGAUGAAAAGAAGUGGUUUUGAGAUGUCUCGACCUAUUCCUUCCCACCUUACUUCAGCAGUUGCAGAGAGUAUCUUGGCUUCAGCCUGUGAGAGUGAGAGUAGAAAUGCCGCCAAGAGAAUGCGUCUGGAUAGACAACAGGACGAGUCGGCUCCAGGUGACAAACAGUGUAAACUAGAGGCGGCCCAGGCCACUUACUCAACCUCAGCUGUUUCAGGCUCACAGGAGGUGUUGUACAUCAACGGAAAUGGGACCUACAGUUACCAUAGUUACAGAGGGCUAGGAGGGGGACUGCUCAAUCUGAAUGAUGCUUCCAGUAGUGGCCCCACAGAUCUCAGCAUGAAGAGGCAGUUGGCAACUGGCUCAGGAUCCUCUAGCAGUUCAAGCUCCAGACCUCAGCUGAGUCCAACUGAAAUCAAUGCCGUGAGACAGCUCGUGGCAGGAUAUCGAGAAUCGGCUGCAUUUUUAUUACGUUCUGCAGAUGAACUGGAAAAUCUUAUUUUACAACAGAACUGACUCAAAUGACGGGCCUAUUCACUGAGGUCUAAAUUUGCCGUUUCCACUAAUGACAUUUUGAUUUCCCAGCAGAGAUGCUUGUGGUCUUACUGCAGUCUUAAGAGAAAUACUUCCAUUAUGCCACAUUUUUCUUGAUCCUUAACGUGAUGUAUUAAGGUGCUUCAAAGGAACUCUGACCUCUGAAGUACUUGAGAUACUUUGUGUCUAGCCGACUGGUUUUUUUUGUUUUUAGUGUGUCAGCAUAACUAGCUGGGGCAAAACAAAAACAAAAACAAAAACAAACAAACAAAAAAAGGUUGUAUAUUCCAAAUUCAAGGAUAAAAGAGAAGAAACUUGUGGUAUAAAACUUGUUCAAGAUCCAACUGAAAUAUUAGUGGAAUUUGCGACUGACCUAUUGGACUGAAAGCUGCAGUAUCUGGCAAAAAAAUAAAUAAAAAGCCAAAAUUUCUUGUUGCUACAGGAUAUAACAAUGAAAAGGAUCUUGUAUUUUAAAAAAAAUAUAUAUAUAUGUAAUUUUUAUAAAAAAAAACUUGUUUUUCAUUCAAAAUUGUCAUUUUUACUUUGGUAACUUUUCCAUAGGUCCUAAAAGAGAACUGUUUUGAGAAACUACUGUAAGUACCUUUUCCACAUCCAUUUGCCUUCUCCUCUUUCCAAAUUCUUUCUACAAAGAUAACACGAUGCUGGAAAAAAAAAAGAAAACAACAAAAAAACACAAAAAUAAACAACCCUUGUCUACGUUCUUUAAAUCAUCAUAUCAGGAACUACUUCCAAGAGAAGCCUGCAUUUCUGCACUCAAGCAUCCCACGCCACACUGCAGCUUUACCAUAGAGGUUUGCAUCACAGAAGUUUUUAAUAUUAAAAAGACCUAUCACUGGGGGGAAAAAUCACACCUUGGUUUCUUCCAGCUCACCCCAGAUUGCCGCUGCUGUCUUACAGACAUCCUUACAGCAGCAAUUGGAUGUAGAUGACUGAAUGUUAAGAGAUUGCAAGUGACAAUCUGAAAAUUUGCACUCUUGUGUGUAGUUUUCUUUUCAUUUCUCUAUUUCAGGAAUAGUUUCCAAAAAAGACCAUUACCUCUCCUGAUAUGAUUUGUAUGAUUUACAGUUCCAGGUAAAAAUGAUGUAAAGAACUCUAAGCGGAUACGGCGGCAACUUACAAUGAACGGUUCCCCCCAUUUCCCAUACUUUGCCCUUCCUUAUUUCAGUGUGUCGGGUACACAUGGAUGGUGUUUUCUUUGUGUACUGAGGCAAACCUAUUUUUAAAAUAUUUAGGAGAAACACAUCAGUUUAUGCUUCUUGUACAAUUUUUUUUCUGUUUAGCUUUGGUUGCAUUACAGAUUAUUUGUGCAUUCAUGAAUUUGCCUUAUUUUUAUGUAAAAUUUAUGUCAUUCAGUUUUUGAUAAUGAGUUUAAGGCAUCAGUGAUAUUUCUUACCUACUUGUUACAUAUAGUUUUUCAAGUAAUGACUGUGAUUGUGACCAAGUAAUGUGCACUUUUUCUUGUAACUGUGGACAUUGCUAUGCUUUUUUCUUCUAGUGUUUCUAGAAUUACUGUUCCUUACAGUUACGUAAACAAAAAAACAAAACAAAAAAAACCUUUUGUGAUACUGUUGGUGAACAUAAUGUGAAAAUCUUAUUGAAAUAUGAGUAUUUUGGAAAUACAUAGAUGCACAAACAUCUCUUAAGGUGUGGAUUUAGAGUUUGCUUAUUUAAAUGAAAAUUCAAAAAUUGAGGGCUGGUAUAAUUUUCUGUUUUGUUGGGUUUAAUAAACAGAUUUCUGUGUUAAAA